CCGGCGCCGCUUGGAGGCGCUUCCGGCGCGUGGAAUGAGCGGAGCGACGUUCCGGGGCACCGCGGGAGUUUGGUGCCUCCGGGCGGGCAGCGUGAAAUAGAACGCGGAGAGAACGGUGAGGGGAGCGGCAGCGGGCUGCGAUGGGACUGAGGCUCGCGCUGUGAGGGGGUGAAUCCAGCCCCGGCGCUAUGGCUCUCACCGGCAGGACGGUCUCGUGGUGGGUCCGGCUGCUCUGGCCCUGCCCUGUGGCCGCCCCUCGGGGCCCUCCGGUCUGGCUGCCCACGGGUCUUGAGGCCUGCCAGCGGUUCUACAGCUCCCGCGACAAGGAGAAAAUAGAUAUGUCAGCAUAUCCUGCUGAAAGCAUAAGAAACUUCAGUAUUAUAGCUCAUGUAGAUCAUGGCAAAAGCACACUAGCAGACAGAUUGCUGGAAAUUACAGGAACAAUUGCUAAAACUGACCGUAACAAACAAGUACUGGAUAAACUGCAAGUGGAACGUGAAAGGGGAAUUACAGUUAAAGCACAGUCUGCAUCGCUCUUUUACAAUUUCAAAGGAGUAAACUACCUCUUAAAUCUUAUUGACACACCAGGCCACGUAGAUUUCAGCUAUGAAGUUUCACGGUCACUAUCUGCCUGCCAAGGUGUCCUACUUGUAGUAGAUGCCAAUGAGGGUAUUCAGGCUCAGACAGUGGCAAACUUCUAUCUUGCUUUUGAAGCACAACUUGCAAUAAUUCCUGUCGUAAACAAGAUUGACUUAAAGAAUGCAGACCCUGAAAGAGUUGAAAAACAAAUUGAGAAGCUGUUUGAUAUCCCUGUUAAUGAAUGUAUAAGGAUUUCUGCUAAACAAGGGACAAAUAUUGAAAAAGUUCUUGAGAAGGUCAUUGAAAAGAUUCCACCACCUCAAUUUAAUACUACUGAUCCCUUGAAAGCCUUAGUAUUCGACUCCACCUUUGACCACUACCGAGGUGUCAUAGCUAACAUUGCAAUUUUUGGUGGGGAGAUUCAGAAAGGGCAUAAAAUUGUGUCUGCGCAUACAAAUAAAAGAUAUGAAGUUAAUGAAGUAGGAAUUCUGACGCCAAACGAACAGCCAACACACAAACUAUAUGCUGGACAGGUGGGCUACCUGAUUGCUGGAAUGAAAGAAGUAACAGAAGCCCAAAUAGGAGACACGCUGUUUAUGUAUAAACAGCCAGUGGAGCCUUUGCCUGGCUUUAAGUCAGCGAAGCCAAUGGUUUUUGCAGGAAUGUAUCCUGUAGAUCAAACAGAAUAUAAUAAUCUUAAAAGUGCUUUGGAAAGGCUGACAUUGAAUGAUUCCAGCGUCACUAUUCAUCGUGACAGUAGCCUUGCUUUAGGAGCUGGAUGGAGGUUGGGUUUUCUUGGUCUUUUGCAUAUGGAAGUUUUUAAUCAACGUUUGGAGCAAGAAUAUAACACAUCUGUUAUUUUGACUGCACCUACUGUUCCAUAUAAAGCUGUUCUUUCCUCAGCAAAAUUGAUAAAGGAGUAUGGUAAUUCAGAGAUUACUAUUAUCAACCCUGCUCAAUUUCCUGAUAAACAUUCAGUGUCUGAAUAUCUGGAGCCAACUGUUCUUGGCACUAUUGUAACACCUCAGGAAUAUAUUAGGAAAAUAAUUGUUUUGUGUCAGGAUCGUAGGGCAGUCCAGAAAGAAAUGUUGUAUAUUGAUGAACAUAGGGUUAUGCUAAAAUACCUUUUUCCAUUGAAUGAAAUUGUGGUGGAUUUUUAUGAUGCCCUUAAGUCUCUGUCUUCUGGCUAUGCAAGUUUUGAUUAUGAAGAUGCAGGUUACCAGCCAGCAGAUCUUAUCAAAAUGGAUAUUCUUAUAAAUGGAAAUCCAAUUGAAGAACUGGCAACUAUCAUACACAAUGAUAAAGCCUAUGCUACUGGUAAAUUCCUGUGUGAGCGUUUAAAAGAUACCAUACCAAGACAGUUAUUUGAAAUAGCCAUCCAGGCUGCUAUUGGCAAGAAAAUAAUUGCAAGGGAAACAUUGAAAGCUUACAGGAAAAAUGUUGUGGCAAAAUGUUACGGUGGAGACAUUACAAGAAGAAUGAAGCUUUUAAAAAGGCAGGCAGAAGGGAAGAGACUGAUGAGAAAAAUUGGCAAUGUGGAAGUACCAAGGGAUGCCUUCAUACGUGUUUUAAAGAGACAGCCUGAGAAAUAAAUUAGUAUUAUGCAGCAGAUUGUCUUAACUUCUUAGAGACAGUAAGCAUACUUGUGUUAAUGUAUAAUUUAUCACUGUGAAAGGGAACAUCUGAUUUAGUUUAUAUCAUUUUAAAUGGGAAUAUAAAUUGAAAAGAUUUUGUAUUUAAAUUAUAAUGUACAAAUGUAUAAUGAAAAUAAAGCUAUUUUAUUUGAAUUUUCUGCAUCUAAAAGCUUUCAUUGUAACUUCACAUGAGCUAGAUAGAAAAGCUUGAAUGUGUUAAGAGCAGGAGAACAGCAACUGUGUCAAAAAGUUUAUUAAAACAGUUCGUCUAUCCAUACCUUAAAAUUAUAGUAGUUUUUUUUAAGUCACAAAAAUUUCAAGCUACACUGUUUUACUUGCUAAAGGUUCUCAUCAGGAAAUAAUGAUGUUGAGGGGAAUCACAACAGGAAAAACAAACUACACAUUUCUCAGCAAGUAAGAUUGAUUCACGUCUUCCAUACUGUCUACCUAAGUUCAGUGUGUAGUGACAUGCUAAAAGCUAGAAAAAACUAGAAAAUCUAUGCAUAAAACUUUACGAAAAGUUUAUCAUCCUAUUAUAGUAAUAGUGACACAAAAGGAUACUCUUGUAACAGAUGUAAGUUACUUACAGAUGUAAGUACCAAAACUUGACUUAAGUGACCUAGUAUAUGAAUCUUACCCAGAUUUCACAUGCCAAGACUCAGGCUAGAAUACAGUUAUGUAGUACCUGGCUGCUCAUGUUUAUUUGAAAAGAUAAGAGCAUGGGCUACUCAGAGCAAACUACCUUUGGGUUUUGCAUGUCUACAAACAAGAAGUUAUCAUACCAAAAUCAGAAAUUCAACUAGCAGUAUGGUCCAACAGAUAAUUUUGUACUUUGUGUUGUGUUAAGUCUAUACCUACUUUAAACAAAUAUUUCAGUUUAUGAUAGUGGCAAAAUUUGUUUUUAUCAUUUAAGGCAGCAAAUACAUACUAUAGUUUAAGGUCUGUUCUGAACUAACAAGAAUUCUUCUCUUCCAUAAACACGUUGUAGACAACCACUUUUUUUUUUUUAAAAGCACAAGACUAUGCAACAAAACAAAUUAUUGUUUAAGUGAAAAACUUAAAUUCUUUGAAUUAGGCUCUGUCAGUGGAUCACAAAAAUUAUAAAAAGCACAGUUGGUUCUUAGUCGCUUCCUUACACGAAGAUGACAAAAUACUUGAUCUCUCCACUUUACAUCAGAAACAAAACAAUUUGGAAAAAGAUAGAUUUAGAUUUAAGUUUUACUUAUUCAAAGUGGGAAAUAACAUUCCUUGUGACAGUUCAGUAUUUAUAGCGAUACAGUAAGAGGUAAUUAUUACAGAGUGGUUAACAGCAGACUUUAAUACACUAUCAUUUGAAUUUGUAGACUCCAUGUUCCUGUAAGUUAACCUCAUUCUAGGCAUUUAAUGACACCAUCCAAUACAAUUAAACAGGUAUAUACAGAAAGGAACAUUUAGAUCUUUCCUUCUAUAUAAAGCACAAUUACUAAAAAUAUAAAAACCCUAAAGUAAUUUGAAACACAUGAGAAGAAAAAGUGCUAUGGCAAACAUUUAAUGUAAGUAACCAGAAUAAGUUAUAACACUUUAAGAAUUGGGUGCAGUUUUAGGCACUGUUUUUCAUAUUUUUAUUUGC